AUGGCCAAUAUCCACCACGUCAACAACGUUGCACAGAUGCUCGGUGUCGUAGUCCAGUUCGUUGGAGUCGACCUCAAUGCAGCAGCCGGCCACACCGUGUUUAUCCACGGCGUGAACUCCAUCAACGACUGCGCUGAGAUGCUGCGCCACGCUGAGUACCUCGAAGACAGAGGUGCAGUCGUCUCCAACGUAGAUUCACUCCGUCUGCUGGUUCGUGCCAACGAUCUCAUCCUUGACGUCUCUGAUCAUCUGGUGGGGAGCCUCGUCUUCGAUCCGAUCCACGACGUCAACGACCUUCGCCUUCGACGCCUUGGAGCAUUCGCCACUUGCAUCGACGAUCUGGCGACCGGCCUUCAAGCGGGCGUCUUCCACGACUUCGCCAAUGUCUUCGCCGCCAGGAUCACUGAGGCCAUCGCUGGAUUCGGGGACGGCCUCUUGACAGCUCAACAGGUCAUCAUAGAGGCGGUGGGUGCGUCUGCCAAUCUUGACCAUGACACUUUCCACACAUAUAUUCCAAUCCCGUAG